UCUCAGUAGUCCUUGUCCCAAUGGUGCGACCUGUGCGGAAACCAUGAUCGGUUAUCAAUGCAACUCUCCAGUGGACUCCUCUGCAUGCUAUUCUGAUUGCCAAUCUGCGUAUGAUGCAGGCCAUCGUGAGAAUGGCAUCUAUCAGGUCUGCUUCAUCACAUCAGACGGUGUACACAAAGGACCAUACAGUGUAUUCUGCACCAAUGAUUACUAUUUUCCAUUUGGAUGGCUGGUGAUUCAAAGACGCUAUGAUGGAAGCGUAAGCUUUGAACGAUCAUGGGAUGAUUAUAAGCACGGCUUCGGCAACUUAUCAACGGAGUUCUGGCUCGGCAACGAACUCAUCCACGAACUUACGAGCCUGGUAAACUAUCGUCUUCGCAUAGAGAUGGUGCACGAGAACGGGACAACCUCGCACUCGAAGUACCAGAGGUUCCGAGUCGAAGACGAGGGUAGUGGCUACCGGCUCCAUGUUUUGCGAUAUGAUGGUGGUGAUGCUGGUGAUGCCUUUGGGCUGCACGAUGGGUAUUCCUUCAGCACGAUAGAUCGAGAUAAUGACCAGUUACCGGGGAAUAAGAGUUCUUGUGCCCGACUGAAAGGGGCCGGGUGGUACCGUGGAUUGUAUCCAGAUUGCGGCCAUGUCAGCUUCAACAUGAGACGAAUGGAAAACGGAACGAUCGGGGAAUGGUGGACAAAUGGAACGAUGUUACAGUUGAGAAGCUUUGAGCUGAAGAUAAGACCAGUCGGACGGGAUUGA